AUGAUAAAACUAAGUAAUAUAUAUUCAUAUUGGCAUUACAAGGCUUGGCAACGUGCGACGGCUGGAUUUUUGAGGACAUUCAUUAAAAAUAAUUUAGCAAAUAACGAAAUGAUCGGAUAUGUUAUUAACGAUAAACAUCCCAAAAGUAUACGAGUAGCUUGUGACAGAUAUAUGUAUGUUGUUCGGUAUAAAAAGACCUUCAGAUAUACCAAAAAAAUUUGGGCACAUGAUGAAAAAAGUGAAGCGAAGAUUGGAGAUAUUGUUCGGAUUCAGCCACUGGGGUAUAGAAUAGGUCCAUGGAAAAAUUAUAUUCUCGUCAAAAUUUUGUACAAAGAAAAUAAAGAAUAA